UGUUUACGUUUCCGAGGAAACCGAGACUCCAUGACGCAGUGAGAGAAGGCCGAUUGAAAGCCUCUUGGGCAAGCUCGCAUCCUGCCAGACUCCUGCCCAGACUCCUAAGGAGCCAGCCUCGCUGGGCUUGAGUUUGUUUUGUUUUUGUUGUCUUUUCUUUUAAUCUCGCAUGUUUUUGAACCCUCUUAGAAUUUAUUAGCAAUUCGCAGUCAUGGAGGUAGCGCAACCCAAGGACCUGCAGGAGGACUUUGUCCUGGCCAAAAGAAGAUAUGCGGAGCUGGGCAGACAGAAACGGAUUUUCAACGCCAGGAACAGGAUCAUUGGGGGAGACACCACGGCCUGGGAUGCUCAGGUUUGUGACCAGAACAUAAAAGCAGCAACUGAAAAAGCGAGAGAGGAAACCUUUGCUGCUGAAAUGAGACAAAAUGACAAGAUUGCAUGCAUAUCAGAAAACCGGGAAAGGAGAGAUAGGAAAAAUCUCUGUAAAGCUAUCAGUGAUUUCCAACAGAGCUUUCAGAGGCCAGAAACGCGCCGUGAAUUUCACCUCUCUGACCCCCUAGCCCUUAAGAAAGAUCGUCCAGCCCGGCAGUCAGAUUAUGAUGCUUGGAAUACAAUAUCAGGAAUGCAGAAAUUCAUGGGAGAGGAUUUAAACUUCCAUCUGAGGAAGAAAUUCCAAGAGGAACAAAACAGGGAAUGGUCCCUGCAACAGCAAAAGGAAUGGAUGAUUAGUCGGGAGAACCAAAAAUGUGCAGAGGAGCUCUACUUGAAGACAAGGCUGCAGUUUGACGAGACAGCCAAGCAUUUACAGAAUCUGGAAACCGCCACCCGGAAGGCGGUUUGUGCAACUGUGAAAGAAUUCAACAAGAACCAGGCCCUGGAGUCAGCGGAAAGGAAAAUUCAAGAGAGAAAACAAGAACAGGAGGACAACCUAGCAGAGAUCUCCAACCUACUGCGCGGAGACCUGCUCUCGGAGAACCCGCAGCAGGCAGCCAGCUCCUUCGGGCCGCACCGCGUGGUGCCCGACCGCUGGAAGGGCAUGAGCCAGGAGCAGCUGGAGGAGAUCCGCCUGGUGCAGAGACAGCAAGUCCAGGAGAAGCUGAGGCUCCAGGAGGAAGAGCGCCAGCGAGACAUGGACUGGGACCGGCGGAGGAUUCAGAAGGCUCGCUCACCCUCUGGGGCACCAGGCCUGGGGAAAGGGGAGGUGAGAGCUGUCAGGCAUUUGCUGAUUUCUUUUUCUCCUUGUUUUGUUAUAAGGAAAAAACAUAUGAAGGAACUCUGUACCAAUCAUGCCACUGAAGAUUAUUUCACACAAUUUAAUACAGGAAGUCGAUAAGGAAAAAUUCACCUUCGUUUCCUCUGAACCGUUUAUGUAUAAAGCGCAGUUAUCUUGAAGAGUCAUAUCUGUUAAAAAAAAAAAAAAUGCACGCUUUGGUCCAGAAGUACCGUUUGAACUGGGUUUUUCCAUUGUAGACAAAGCUUGAUUAAACCUCUUCCUGUAUUUCUA